ACAAAGCUACAGCGCGUCUGGAAACCAGGAACGGAGAGAGAGCACAGGCGUUUUGGGAGAAAACGACGACCACAUCACUUCUGCAUCUUUUACCUGCGACUUGGCAACUCCAAGGAGCGCUUUUUCCCUACUUAUUUCCCUGAACAUACUCUGAAUCCAGCAGCUCCCCUCUGUUUUUCCCCCCUGGUCUCCAAGUGAACUUUAUUGCGCGUAAAGGGAUGUGAAAUCAGAGCAUCACCGAAUGCCCACGUAGAGCCGAACAAGUAAGUGUAGGACGAAUGUAAGAAGUGAUCCACCCGGUCCUGGUCUUCUUUUGCUUCUUCUACUUUUGUUCGUUUUAAUACACAAGAAGGAAAAAAGAAAGAGCGAGAGAGAGAGAGAGAGAUAGUGUGUUCGAGUGAAAGAGGGAGUGAGAGAAGUCGCGCAGGUUUUUCGGAGCUACGCGUUCAUGCCGUCAGUCUUGCGGACUCUGAGAUGGACGUCAGAUUUUAUCCUGCUCCCCCUUCAAGCGUGGGUUCAUGUACGUUACCGACCGACUCCAGUUUGGACUAUUACCACUCCAACAAGAGUAGAUACGGUGCUGCAGAUCGAGGUGUGAGACUCUACAGUUCCCUGCCCAUGCGCCCAAACCCUGACGGCAAGAGACUGCCCUCUACUGGGUUUGAUGGUGACAACAUGUACAUGAAUGAAAACAACCAUGACUUUCUCCCGCCAAACCAGAACUACACAGGUCAGAGCGGUGGCGGUGGUGGUGGAGGAGGAGGCGGUGGUAAUGCCAGUGGAAAUGGAGCUGGGGAUGAAGACUACGAAAUCCCCCCUAUUACUCCGCCGAACCACCCUGAGCCCCCUCUUCUUCACCUGAUGGAGCAUGACUCUACAGGCUACCUCUGCCACUCGCUGCCACACAAUGGGCUCAUCAACCCGUACUCCUACCCCGAACUGCCCACUCUCAUGAUGUCGAACAUGCUGGCACAGGACAGCCACCUUGUCUCCAGCCAAAUGCCCUCGAUGCAGGAGAUGGCUUUUCACCACCACCACCACCAACAGCAACACCGUCACCAGCACCCAGACGGCGCUCAUUAUGAUCCCGCCCGUAACCACCCAAUGAUAAACAGCUCACCUCCGAUACUGCCCAACCCCAUGAGCGCACUGUCCCAGCUAAACCCUCAGGUCAGCCGGAGCGCACUGCCUCAUGGCUCCCCCUCACCUCCCGGAAGUAAAUCGGCCACACCCUCCCCCUCAAGCUCCAAUCAGGAAGAGGAGACUGAUCCUCAUGCGAAGAUCGCGGGUGAGAAGCGACCGUCUUCAGAGAUGAUGAAGCCCAAACCCAAACCCCAAAAAAAGAAGAAGAAGAAGGAUCCCAAUGAGCCUACAAAGCCUGUGUCAGCCUACGCCUUGUUCUUCAGAGACACGCAGGCAGCCAUUAAGGGACAGAACCCCAACGCCACCUUCGGAGAUGUAUCCAAGAUCGUAGCUUCAAUGUGGGACGGGCUGGGAGAGGAGCAGAAACAGAGCUACAAGAGGAAAACAGAAGCUGCUAAGAAGGAGUACCUGAAAGCCCUGGCCGCCUACAGAGCCAGUCUGGUUUCCAAGUCAUAUAAUGAUCCCGUGGAGACAAAAAGUGCCCAAACAAGCCAGGCUUCUCCACACAUGAUGCCAGCCAACCCACCACUGUACAGCGUGCCACCUCCCCCUCAGCCGUCGUCGCCCUACCUGGGGCCCGGGGCCUUCCCUCUCACCGACCUGCAGAGCUACACAGGACACGCCCCUCGCCACACCCUGUCGCAGACGCUCAGCCAAUCACAGAUGCUGCCCAGCAUUAGUGCCUCUCCCCCUUCCUCUUUCCAGAUCAGCCCACCCCUUCACCCCCACCAGCAGCUCUCCCUGCACCAGAGCUCGCUCCUCAACCAGCCUAUCCGCAUGCAGCAGGUCCAGUCCCAGCCAAUCAUCUCUCACCAGAUGGGGCUGCAGGCCUCUCUCCACUCCCCCCCUCCUGGGCAGCAGGGUUUUUCCCACCUCCAGUCAGAGUAUCAGAAGAGCAUCGGAGGUUCCCAGUCUCCAGGAGCCCCUGGACCUGGUCCGGGCCCUGGAGUGCCUCAGAGCCAUGACUGGGACAGUGAAUACUGCAAUCGGGAGUGUGGCAACCACUGCAGUGGCAGCAUGAUAGGCAGGGACAAGCCACUCUACCUCACCUGAAACUGAAGACCAUGCUCUCUCUACAAAUACGACACCGAGGAGUCUACUCUCAACCCCCCUUCACACCCACCCCCACCCCCUUACCCCCACCCCCCACCUCCUCUGCAUCCGUCAUACCCUACACCCUUUUACCCUCCUCUGAUGCACAUACAUACAUACAUACAUCGCACACUCAGCAUAUAAUGACAUACAUUUACACACACAUACACACCACCACCACCACCUUUUUUGUCAGUGUAAUCCUUAUUUCUCUCAGUUUCUAGACAAAUUUGUGACCAGAGUUUUUUGACUAGAUGACUACUGUCUGUACCACUUAAUGUAUUAGCAGUCCUCUUGCUGUUUAAAUUUGCCAAGCACUUAUAAAGACCCCCCCACCCCACCUUUUACCCCCAAACCCCCACUCCAUCCUUUGCGCUCCCACUCCCUGAGUUGUGUGUCUGUGCCCACUCUGACUUACACUGGGCUAUAGAACACUCCUCUUCUGUGUCACCGUCGAAGUCCCCUCAGGGACCCCAUUCAGCUUUAAUUAGAAUGAAAAGGAAAAAAAAAAAUACUCUUCUUCUUUAAUCAUUUUUAAUUUCCUGUUGUGUUUUUUUUUGCCCUUUAUGUUAUUGUUGUUGUUUUAUUUAUUUCUGGCUUGCAAAAUCCAUUUUUCUUUUCCUUUUUUUUGCCAUUAAGUGUUUGGCCCUGUACUGUAGAGAAAUAUUAACUUCAAGUAGGUUCAGUGCAGGCCUUGACGUUUGCAGUAGCUUUGCUUAAGGGCCUGCGAAUUAUUGCGAAAAGCGCGGGUGGGGAAGAGACGACAAAACAAAAAAAGAUUCAUUUUUUAAUAUUUAAGACCUGUUGAGGUCUGCUGAGCUGUCACAGUGUGAUUGUAAAUAUCACUUUUAUGGGAUCAAAUUGGGAAUUAAAAGUCCAGAUAGAUUUGUUUCUUCUUUAAUAUUACAUGUAAGUCAUUCUGUGUGUAUGUGUGUGUGUGUGUGUGUGUGUGUGUGUGUGUGUGUGUGUGUGUCUGGACGGUCGAAUGUACCCCAUUCAUGGCAUGUGUGUGUGUGUGUGUGUGUAGGUGUGUGUGUGUGUGUGCAGCUUGUACGUAUGUGCACAGACACACACACUCGGCGUACAAGCGUGUUUCAGUGUUGGAGUGUUGAGUCUUUCUCGUGAAUUUUAACAGCCCUGUGCAGCUGGAUUUCAGAGGAGUAUUUCACACUCUCAUUCUUGCAUUAAAUCUGUGCUCACUGGUGUGUUUUUUCCAAUAAAGUUCAAUCUAAAACUGAAUACACAAUAUGUGUCCUGCAGAUCAUUAAAUGGAAAGAGCCAGGUGAGAGAUAGAGAGGGAACAGAUAGAAAGAGAGAAAGAAACGGUGUGAGAUAAAAUGAGAUAUAAUGUUGCAGGUGAAGAAAAGAUAUAGCCUCAAAACACACCCUCCCCCCCUCCUCCUCCUUCUUUUUCUUAUUUUGUCUGACCAUAAAUGUCAAUUUUGUCUCCUCAACAUGCAGAAGUAAUGAAAUAUGUGAAUGAAACCAUCACAUCACGGUGAUUUUUCUAAGUUUCUAGUUGGUGUUUGGUUGUUCUGAGCUCAUCUUUUUAACUUUUGCGUGAUUAACAGAAAUGCAUUUUGCUGACAAAGACAUCUGUUUUUAUUUCUUUACUGUAGCAUAAUUCAAGUUUUAGUUGUUAUAAAACUAUAACAUUUUAAGUUGUGUAAAAACCUGCCAAUUGUAGUUAUUUUAUUUGUAAAGCCAGUAAUGAUAAAUAUUUUAAUGGUUAUCAAUAUACUGUUUUUUGCUAGUUGCCCAUCAGCCAUUUGACAGGUUUUUUUCUUAUUUAUGAAAGAGAUUAGAUCACUUUUGCUUCUUUCGAUGGAGGUGUAUUUUUAUUGUUACUUUACCGUUUUUUUUUUUGUUGUUGUUUUGUUUUGUUUUUUUGCUUUCAUUUGAUAAAAUGAUUAUGAUCACAAUGAUGAUUAUCUCUUUGGGUUUUUUUUUUUUGUUUGUUUUUUUACAUUUGGGGUGCUGCUUCUUUCUUUCCUUGCCAGCAGCAUCUGUUUGUGUCACAAUGCUUCUUUUAUUUCCAACCUGCAUAAUAAAAAAAAAGUUUAAAAGUGA